AUGGCUAGCACGGAAAUAAUAUCUAAUAGUGAGAGUAAUGAUCAAUUUUUUGAGGGUGUCGAAAAAUUGAUAGAAAUAUGGUUUACGCCGGUGAAACACGCGGAUCUAAGGAAAAUCAGUCGUCAACAAUGGGAGAAUGUGCUGAAGAUAGUCCGCUGUGAAAUCAUAUCUUUCACGCAGAGCGAGCAAGUCGACGCCUAUGUUUUAAGUGAGAGCAGCAUGUUCGUGUCACGCCGACGCUGGAUAUUGAAGACCUGUGGCAAGACGACACCCCUGCGUUGUGUCCGAGCUGUUCUCCAGCUGGCCAUGGAAACAGCUGGAUAUCCCAGAGUAGAGAACGUGUUCUACUCCAGGCGGGAGUUCGCACGCCCAGCCGAACAGCUUAAGCCGCAUGACAACUUUGAUUCAGAGGUGGAGCUACUGGAUUCGUUCUUCGGGGACGGUCGCGCGUACAUCAUGGGCCCCGAGGGUGAUUGUUGGUAUCUGUACACGCUGCUGCCUUUAGAAGGUACUGUCGCAGCCCUAGAGAAGGAGCAGCAUCCCCAGUCGUCGGAACCAGACCAGACUAUAGAGAUCCUCAUGUCGGACCUGGACCCAGCGGUCAUGGACAUCUUUACUAGAGCCACCUCCGCUACAGCCGCUGAUGCUACCAGGGCUUCUGGUAUAGACAAGUUGAUCCCCGGCAUGGUGAUUGAUGACUACCUGUUUGAUCCCUGUGGCUACUCCAUGAACGGGGUCGCUAAAGAUAGGGAUCUGGAAUUACCAUCUGGUUGCUACAUGACGAUCCACAUAACUCCUGAGCCGUCUUGCUCGUACGUAUCGUUCGAGUCCAACGUGUGUCUGCCGCCCGACGCCCUGCUGGCUCGAGUACUGGCGGCCUUCAGACCUAACAAGUUCGUUGUCACCGUGUUCGCUACACCGGACUCCCCGGCGGCGGCCUCCAGUCGCCAGCUGAAGCAGUUCCCGUCGGUGGGCGGGUUCCAGCAGAAGGAGGCCCAGCACUGUCGGUUCUCGGGCUACGAGCUGCAGUACGCACUGUUCUCCAAGUUCCCGAGCUGA